AUGGAAGCAGUUAAUGAAGUGCCGGUGGUACCUAAUCCGGCUCCCCCACCCGCAGAGCCCCAAGCAGAGCAUCAACAACCUCCAAUAGAACCAGUCAUAAAUCAACCUGGUGCAAUUAAUCCAGAAACUCACCAGGUUCAGCCGUAUAUAGCACCUAUAGCUCCACCCAUGCUUGUGCCUGUUGGAGUACCACCUGGUCUCGAGUAUCUCACUCAGAUCGACCAAAUCCUUAUUCACCAAAAAAUGGAGUGUAUAGAGAUGUUCACUGGCUUUGUGACCAACAACCAAUAUGAGAUCAAAAAUAGCCUCGGACAGUUGAUCUUCCAGGCCAAAGAAAAAACUGACUGCUGCACACGAAACAUCUGUGGUUCAGCGCGCUGCUUUCAAAUACGGAUUAAAGACUACAUGAACCAAGAGGUCAUGCGGGUGCGCAGACCUUACCGCUGUGACUCCUGUUGGUGCCCCUGCUGCCUGCAACUGCUGGAAGUCCAGGCCCCCCCUGGAAAUCCCAUAGGGUAUGUGAAACAGAACUGUCACCCGUUUUUACCAGUAUUCUCCAUCCAGGGAGCUGACAGAAAGGUAGUAAUGAAGAUCCGAGGGCCCUACUUGCCAUGUAAAUGCUGUGGUGAUGUAAAUUUUGAGGUAAAAGGCAAAAAUGGUGGGAAGCCUUUUGGUCAAGUCACAAAACAGCGAGGUGGCUGCCUAAGGAAAUGCUUUACAAAUGCCACCAACUACACUGUUCAAUUCCCUAAGAACAUGGAUGUUAAGAUGAAGGCUGUGCUUAUGGGUGCUUGCUUCCUCAUUGAUUUCAUGUACUUUGAAAAAAGUGGAAAAUCAUUUUUAUCUUUUUUGUAA